CAAUCACUGGUUACUUCAGCAGUGCGUAACCAAACGGUUGAAGGUUCCAGUACAGGCAGCCACACGUGUCGGGGUCCGGCACGAAACUGUCGCCAAAUCACGGGAUCAAUUAUUCCACUCUUUUCGGAACCAAAAGCUACUAGAGCCCGGGUCGCGCUCAACAAUCUACGCAAACUAUACUGCAUCGACGAUGUGGAAGCGCUCCGUGCUUCUCUCCUCCCUCGUGGAGCCGACCCUCCUGCAGGGCAGUCGCUGCCUCAGCUGUCAACUGCGCAACGGUGCCGCCCUCCGAUCUAGACCUUCUCUUCGUCCAUAUACCACAAAGAACGGCAGCGGAGACAAGCCGCCAGCCUCGACCAGUGCCCCGACCACCAGAAAACUACAGUUCCAGCAAAAUGCCACUCCCCAGUCCUCGCCUCCCAACCCGAACGAUCCAAACAAUGAAGACUUCAUUCCAACCCUAGACCGGCCAAUUGGUUCGGGAAUUCCACCACAAGAAGGUCAAAAUACAGGAAUUGAUAAGCGGUCAUUGGGCCAACGACGAGAUGACUUUGUGAAUUAUGACAAGCAUAUUGAAAGGCGGAAGGAAUUAACGAGGCAAGUCGCAAAGCCAUAUUUCCGAGAAUGGUCAAACCUGCGAUACAACCAGGGUAAGACAUUCAUGUCGAACCCUCGGCUAUUCAAGCGCGACAAAGCACUUUACUUCCCUAAUCUGGCCGGAGCUACGCUGGCCUCGCCGAAAGAACCGCAAAAUACUACCUCCAUCCUCCGCGGCAAGGUGUCCGUCAUAAACCUAUUUUCUAGCGUCUGGGCAGAAAGCCAAGUUGCUACAUUUACUGGCCCAAAUAUGAACCCCGGCUUAUAUGAGGCUUUCAAGAGUGGCGAGCGGCAUGUACAGAAAAUCGACAUCAACCUGGAAGAGAACAGGCUCAAGGCAUGGCUUAUCCGAAUGUUCAUGUGGCGGAUGCGAGGCAAACUUCCCGAGGAACAGUACAAAAGAUACUUUUUGGUGCGCAAGGGUCUCAAUGAUGGCCUUAAGGAGGCUAUUGGUAUGAUGAACAGCAAGGUUGGAUACGUAUAUCUAUUAGAUGAAAACUGCCGUAUCCGAUGGGCUGGCAGUGGCCCUGCUGAGCCUGCUGAACUGGAAACCCUGAACAACGGUGUCCGCAAACUGAUCGGGGAACGGAAGAUCAGUCUGGAGUCCGAGCAACCAGCGCAAGAAUGGGAGGGCCAAAGAAAGGAUACUAGGAAGCCCAGAGUUGUCGAGCAUAGUCGUUAAUCAUUGUAUGUACAUAUUAGAGUGAGCUUGUAAGAUAUAUAAGUUAAGCCCCAAAUACCAUCAACUCCGAGCCCAUUAUUAACUUCCCUGU